AGUAGUUUGAUUGACGGACGUACGUAAAGGUAUUAUAAUGUUAUCAUUGUUCGAGGGUUUAUUUUGACGAAGUGCCCAUCAGUGAUACUAUAUCGUGUAUAUCAAAACUUCAACUUUCAAACCAAACAUAAAUGUAAAGAUGUCAAACCACACAGCAGCCGAGUAUCAGAUCUGCAAUAUGACUACCAUUGAGGCUUCCUGGGUGCCCACAGCUCUGGAAUUCCUCUUCGGUAUAUGUAGUAAUGCCGCGGCAAUGCUCUUAAUCUGGCUAAAUAGAAGAGAACACAAAUGGUCAUCUUUCUACAAGAUGUUUACAGCUCUAGUCAUCACUGAUUUUACGGGGGUUCUCGUCACAUUUCCUUUCGCUCUUAAGCGGUACAGCUCUAACUUCCACUACUGUUUUUCAACCUAUCAAUGUGAGUUAGUAUCCUUUGCUAUGGUGGAUGCUCAUUUAGCCGCUGCCUUGUUAAUCUGUGCGAUGUCUGUCGACAGACUGAUUGUUCUUACAAUACCAAGGUUUCUGCGGAAUCCAAUUGCUGGAAAAAGAUACACACUCGUGGUAAUAUUGAUAUGGUUGAUCUCCUCCGUCGUCGCCAUGUUACAAUUGGUUGGUGUCGGAUCAGCUCAAUUGUACUAUCCUGGGUCCUGGUGUUACUUCGAUUUCAUUGAUAUAAAAAAUGCUGGUGACUUCUUCAUGUCCUAUUUUUAUUCGAUUACUGGAUUACUACUAGUGUUAAUUACUUUAAUAGCAAACACCUUUACAAUGUGUAAAAUCUGUCUGGACCCUCAUGCCAGAGGAACACUUUUGGAUUCUAGUUUAGUGUCGGGAUAUUACGACUACCACGUCAUGGUUUUCAUCAUUGCAGUCACAGUGUGUUUUGUAGUGAUAUAUACCCCAUUAUAUAUUGAUAUAUUUCUACAUGCCGCAGGAAUUAGAAACGGAAACGAUUCUCAUGAGAUGUGGUAUGAACGUCUGACUUUCCUGAAUGCCAUCAUCGACCCAUGGCUGUACAUUGUUCUCAGGAAGGAGUCAAUUAGAAAAUUAGUCGCAUUUUACAAAAUUUUUCAAAGACCAAAACCACCCGAGAAUGUAUCGUUGCUUCCGUGAAAGAAAUAAGGAUAUUGCAAUUGUAUCAUCAUAUCAUAUCUUCACUUCUUCAUUGUCUAAAUAUAUAAACAGAAACAAUUCCAUUUGACAAUUACAUCUUAGCAGACAUCCUUUAUAUUUCAGUUGCCUACGGUAGAAUAUCAGGUGGUGCUUUUGAAGAUAUGUGACGCUUCAAGAUUCAUAUUUGUCACAAAAUCUAUUUUUAUAUGAAUAUUAUGUUUGAAAGUCGAUUUUAUAUACAUGUAAAUCGAUUACUACUGAU